GUUGGCAAGGUGAAGUCGAGCUCGAGGGCAUCAGACGUUCGCGUCCUCUCCCUCUUCUUUGUCGGUCUCUCUCUCUCUUUUUUUUUUUUUUGACCGGUUGCGGGUUCGGCGGAUAGCGCAGGAAGCAUGAUGGAGCAACUCACCGACGAGCAGAUCGCGGAGUUCAAGGAGGCUUUCAGCUUGUUCGACAAGGAUGGCGAUGGCUGCAUCACAACCAAAGAGCUUGGAACUGUCAUGCGUUCAUUGGGUCAGAACCCUACAGAAGCUGAACUUCAAGACAUGCUAAAUGAAGUUGAUGCCGAUGGAAAUGGUACAAUCGACUUUGCUGAGUUUCUUAAUUUGAUGGCUCGCAAGAUGAAGGAUACAGAUUCAGAGGAGGAACUAAAGGAGGCAUUCAGAGUGUUUGACAAGGACCAAAAUGGCUUCAUCUCUGCUGCUGAACUUCGUCAUGUCAUGACCAAUCUAGGAGAGAAGCUUACCGAUGAGGAAGUCGUUGAAAUGAUACGCGAAGCUGAUGUUGAUGGCGAUGGCCAGAUCAACUAUGAUGAAUUUGUCAAAGUCAUGAUGGCCAAGUGAGUUUCCACUAUGAAAGAAAUUCCGAGUAAAUCUAGCGGUGAAUGAGUUGUAAAAUAUCAAUAUACCUCCUCGGUCCUUAUCUCAAUAGCUGUGGUAGUGAAACUAAAUACUAGCGUAUCAUUUCCUUUCAGCCGUGGUGGUUCAGUCAGACUUUUGACGAUUGUUUCUAGGGCAUCUCUCCUCUCUUGACUGUUUUAUUUGAUUGUAUGGUGUGGUUUGAAUAUCUGUAAACCUGUGGUAAAUGGAUUUCUUGUUCCAACUUUUACAAUAUUGGAACAAAUCAUGGUAUACUUUGAUUAAUAAUAAUCUAACUGCAAUUUUUUGUGAUCUGAAUCCA